AUGGCGCUUAACCGGAAAUACGCGAAUCUACCAGACCUGGACCUCUCAGCUCCCGAUAUUUACGAAACGCCGGAAUUGACAGACGACAACUCCACGAUACCUACUACUGCUGCGCGUACGCAAUCGGACGACGAGUUUUAUGAUGUCGAAGACGAUACCGAGGGCAUCUCGCACUCUCGACUACGCAUCGGCGAUGCACGUUCACGAUUCGAACCCGCGACUGUCGACACAGCAGGCGUAGACUUUUCCGACCGCGUCGAUGUCAAACGCAAGUCAUACAAGGCCUCCAGCCGUCGACAGCGCAUCCUGCAGGACGGCACCACCGAACUCGGCGACCUGUCCGACGACGACGACGAGGAAAGUCUCGAGAGACGCAUCGCACGCCUCACCCGCGAGGUACAAGAGGCAAAAGACGAAUACGCCAAGCUCAAAGCGUCGCCGGAUACAGAUGCACAAGGAGACACGCGGCUGCAGUCUCUGAGCGACCUGCUCGCCAGCAUGUCGAUGCCUACUGGUACUACCCACGAGACAGUGCCGGCCAAGACGACGCCCACCGACAAGGAGGCCACUGAGGAAGUUGAGAGUUCUACAUAUACUAUUACAUACGCGCCCACAUACGAGCAGACCCACGCGCUCGCAAAAGCCGCCGACUUUGACCGCCGGUUGCUCGCCCUCGAAAAGGGUCUCGGCAUCAGCUCGUCCUUGUCCGCCGAGGCGGGCGAGGGUGGCCUGCCGCGCGCCAUCCUGCCCACGCUCGACACCAUGAACAAGCAGGUCGCCACGCUGGCGCAAGCCUCGACUGCGAACCUGGACGCCAUCAGCCGACGCGUGCGCACCCUCGCCUCGGACCAGGACAAGCUCAACGACGCGCGCGAAAAGGCCCGGGCUCUGCGCGAGGAGCUCGGCAAGGGCAGCAGCAGCAGCAGCAGCAGCAGCAGCAGCGCUGGCGCUGGUGGAGGCCCGCAACAGCAGCAGCAGCAGCAGCAGCAGCAGCAGCCGGCAGAGGGCGCAGAGCAGGAGACCAAGAUUAACGCCCUGUACGGCGUGCUGCCGACGAUUGAGGGCCUGGCGCCGUUGCUGCCGCCGCUGCUGGACCGCCUUCGCUCGCUGCGCGCGAUCCACGCCGAUGCGGCAGCGGCCGCCCACACGCUCGAGCAGGUCGAGCAGCGGCAGGCCGAGACGGCCGCGGAGCUGCGUCAGUGGCGCGAGGGCCUGCAGCGCCUCGAGGAGACCAUCAAGGAGGGCGGCGACACCGUCAAGGGCAACCUGGCAGUCAUGGAGGGCUGGAUUAAGGACUUGGAGGCGCGCAUGGACAAGUUGGCCUGA